AUGACAAGCGUGCGUCACAGACAAGCAUGCAUAAUACCAAACCACGAAGUGGACCUCAAAUGGACGCCACACAAGGGUUUUGUCUCUGGUUCAUGUCCCAAGAGCUGCUCGAGGGCGUACCAGGAAAUUGCUCAGAGUCACUGUAAGCCCACGGAAGAUAUGAUCUUUUCCCCUCAUAAUACUAUGAUUGAAAUUUAUCAACAGGUGGGUGGUCAUGCGGGCGGUGAGAGCAACGCGAUGGCUAAAAACGGGACUUGGGACACUGGUUGUGGGCAGUAUUCGUGGUCCAUUACCCAAACGGACCAUUCCUCGUCGACUAUCUCGUAUGAGCCAAGUCGACCUAUUCGUACUGAGAAUUCGUCCUCCAGAAUUGCAACGGAGACGGUAAUGUGGUACAGUAGCUUGCCGGCCUGA